CAGACAACACCAACACAAACAGGGCGACAAACAAAGCAAGAGAAGGUAAAUUUAAAGACAACAUAAGAAGAAAAAGGGAAGAACAAAACAAAAGAACUCUUCACUCCGCCCCACUUUGUCGGAAAAGCCGACCUUCACACCUGGUAAAGUUCCGAAGCCCCAAUAUUUUUUGCUUUUUCCGAGCAUGCUUUCGAAACAAACUCCGACGGAAUCCGACCGUCCGGCACCCACCAUCCAACCUUCGUCCCCGCGCUUCCUACCCCCUUCCGCUCUUACACCCACCGCUGGGGCCAAUCGUAAGAUUGCCAUCGCUGUUGAUCUUAGCGACGAAAGCGCAUUCGCCGUCAAUUGGGCUGUGCAGAACUACCUCCGCCCUGGCGACGCCGUGAUCCUGCUUCACGUUCGUCCCACCAGCGUCCUCUAUGGGGCUGACUGGGGUUCCAUUGACCUCUCCGUCGAUACUGAUGAGGAAUCCCAGCAGAAGCUCGAAAGCGACUUCGACGCCUUCACCACCACUAAAGCUACCGAUCUGGCACAGCCUUUGGUGGACGCCCAGAUUCCUUUCAAGAUUCAUAUUGUCAAGGACCACGACAUGAAGGAGCGGCUCUGCUUGGAGGUCGAGAGGUUGGGGUUGAGUGCUAUGAUCAUGGGCAGCCGAGGGUUCGGCGCCUCUAGGCGCGGCAGCAAGGGAAGACUUGGUAGCGUUAGCGAUUACUGCGUCCAUCACUGUGUUUGCCCCGUUGUUGUCGUCAGAUAUCCUGAAGAGAAAGACGGACCUGCUGCUGGACCUGAUGCUGCGGCGACCUCCAAGGCAACGGUCGAGAAGGAGGCCGAGCUGCACCCGGUGCCGGAGGAAGAGCAGGAGUAUCACGAUGCCUCGGACGAACAGAAAGAAGCUUAGGAGGUGCUUUGGUCAUGGCGUGGUCCUAAUGACUCCAGAAAGUGAAGGCGGCGAUUGAGUCUAGUGGAGUCUAGGGAAGCUGAGAUGUGAGAUGAUUUUAGUGGGUUGGAUUCAUGCCAUGUAAAUUGAACAGUGGUUAGUAGUGUUGUCGCUGUCUCUUCGUCUCUCUCCUCUCCCUCUACUUAUCAACUGCCCUCUCGUAUAUUCACUAUGAGAUGUUUGGUGAUGAUGGUAUUUGUAUGGUUGAUGGGU